CUGAGACAAAGCUCCUGGUGCGUCAGUCUGGGUUCUCCGCCAGAGGAGCAGCCAGUUGGGCGCGGCCCGAAUCCGCUCCAGACGGCUCGCCAUGAUGAGCUCCUCGCGAGACACCGCGGCGCGCCUUCGCGCUGGCUUGAACCCCCUCAUGACAGCGUCGCUGGGUGCACUCCAUGGCCACAACUCCACCAACACUCCCGUGUCAGCCCUGUCCGUGAGUUCCAACGGCGCCUUCUCAUCCGCGCAGACUCCCCUGAGCGCUAUCCAGCCCUAUAACCCACAGGAAUGGCUCUCGUCGCCAAGUGCCAAUCCCGCGCCGGACCGGAUGCCUCAUGCCCAGCCUGCCCAGCCUGCCCAGCCUUUCCAAGAACCUCAAACGCCGCCCUUGCCUCCCCCGCCUUACUCCCCUCCACGCAGCGCCAGACCGAUGAGUAUGGUGUUCGACCAGACGCAGGCGGCCAACGUAUCCGUCGCCAGAGCCCCGCCCCCACCAGUACAGAGAGUAGCCAUCGAGCCUCCCGUCCCCAGCCCGUCGUUCCCUCCGCCUCCCAGCGGUAGGGGCGGUUCGCGGGAGAGGAGAUUUGGACUCCCGUCACUAGGGAGAAGGCGAGAGACCGAACACGUUAGCGCCCCCGUAGAGCAGGCGCCACAGCACAGGUCUUUCGGCCUGCUGUCGCGGACGGUCCCAAACAACCCGGCGCCGUUGACGCUUCAGAUACCGCCAAGAACGGAAUCGGACACGGCCCACGGCGUCGCCCCAGGUGCGCGACGAGCCGCGUCAACGCCGGCUCCUUCCACGCCGACGUCAGCGCGGUCGCGCUCGUCCUCCCAGGUCCGGUGGGACCCCUCCAUGCCCCUGCCGCCGCCGCCGCCAGGCCCACCGCCGUCAGCAUCGCGGUCGCAGAGCGCGCAGCGCUCCUCUUCCGGGUCCGAACCGGUUGUCUCGCCGCCCACCCGGCGACCUCCUCCCAGCGGGGUUUCCGCUCUGGGACCUGUGCCACCGACGCCGGCGAACUGGAGGGACGGUGACAGCAUGCCGGGCCCCGCGCCGCCGCGAACUGAGUCGCCCAACGCGGCAGCCGUGCAAGCCGCACCCCCCACCGAGAAUGCGAGCGUCGGAAACUCGAAUGCCGGCCCUCCUGCAGAGUCCGCCUCGUCUGGCAGUUCGGGCGGAGGGUUGACGCGGAGCCCGGCCGUGCGGGGCGAGAAAACGCUGCUCGAGCGCAGAAGCGAGAGCCGGAACCGGGCAGGCAACCGCAACUCGACAGAUGCCUCGGCGAGGCCACAACCCCUUUCCGAUAUCGUGAUCCCGGGCCCCUCGGGAGGGUUACAGCGACGCUUGACGAUCACCCGCGGGACACCUCGGACGGCGAGAGCGAGCGAGACUCCCCGGACAGCCGACUCGCAUGACGGCGGCCAAGAGUCGAGAACACCGCGCGCCGAUGGCUCGGGCCAAGUCCCGUCAGGGCAGGUGACGCCAACGGUGCUGUCGCCGAGCGCCGGGAAGCAGCCGGAACGCCGCCAAGCCCUCGCGCCGAAAGCGCUGCCGACGCCUCCCACCGGGAGCCGGUCGUCCUCCUCGCACCGAGGCUCGGGUCCGGACGUCCCUUCAAGCGCUCCGCUCUCUCCUGCGCUUCCACUCACGAAGGAAGCGGUCAUCACGCAGAGCACCGAGCAGUUCUGCCGCGGGACCAUCGAGCGCUUCACGGCGUUCGCUCAGAAAGAGGCCGCAGCGGCUAACGAUGCCGAACGGGUGCGGCUGUUUGCAGAGUUCUUCGUCAGCGAGUCGAGGAUACGGCGGGAGCGGUACGGGGCAGCGAUCGGAGCCAUGGGAUCCGAGAUUCUCGACCUCACACGAGACCUGUUCCGCCCGAUGUCCUCGUCGUCGAGGCGAGAAUCCACAAAUUCGUUUACCAGCGGGACGGUAGAACUGACGCCGCAGUCAUCCGAGCCGAGGUCCCAUCGAGGCUCGAUCGGGUCUGCCUUGGGCGGCACGACGCCGACGUCCAACCAACAGACCCCGCCGUCACCCGGGCCGCCGGGUGGCCAAAACUGGCAGUCUUCAAAUUUCAUGCCGUCCCUGUCGCCGAUCCUGAGCAUGAGCAUCAGCGACGCGGUGGAUGAAGAGGACUCCAGAGGACGGCCGGCGAGCCGCUGGUGGGAGUCCGACUCGGCUGGCGGCCCUGGGCCGCGGAUAGAGAGGUCCAAGCGAGAGUCGAAGUACAUGGGCGUGCCGAAGGAAGCCCGCGAGGCGCUGCAGUGGACUGACGAUCCACACCCCUCACCGGGCGCGGGAUCGAGCAAGCGCACAUCGUACCCGCCGGAGAAGACGGGGUGGCACGACCAACAGGACCCGAACGGCACGCCACAGGCUUUGUCCCGCAGCUCGCUGGCAUCUUCGUCGGUCCCGUCCGCCCCGACCACGCCGAACCCGGAUCACCUGGACGUCUCGCGCCUCGUGACGCUGCCGCCCCCUUACCCGCGGCACCACCCGGCCGUGAACAACAACCACCCCGAGCUGGCGCAGACGCGCAGCGCUGUCCGCGCCAUCAGCGACAUGAGCGAGAUCGACGGCAUCAAGGAGCGAUUCAAGCAGGGCAGCGCGCAGAUGCGCGCCGAAGCGGCCGAGACGGCCAAGAAGCGCCGGCAAGCGCUCCGGCAGCACCUCCAGGAGGAAAUCGCGUCCGGGGCGAUCGGGUACGCGGAAGCGGCGGCGAUCGAGGCGGACGCCAAGGCGGAAGAGCACGCGGCGCUCAAGGAGCUCGAGAAGAAGGACUUCGAGACGUUCCAGACGGCGGUGGUGAUGCCGGUCAACGAGAUCCUGCAGACGCGCAUCGGCAAGGCGACCGAGCUCUUCUCGUCGCUGCGCAGCCGGCUGUUCGACGAGACGCACGAGUCCAACCCGAACCUGCCGCAGGAGGAGGGCGACGAGCAGCCGGAGCUGCUGGAGAAGCUGACGCUGCUCAAGUGGAUCUUCGAGGCGCGCGAGGCGCUGCACCGGGGCCUGUACGACCUGCUGACGGACCGCAACGACCGGUACCGGGACAUGGUGCUGGUGCCGUACCGGCUGGCGGGGCAGGCGGACAAGGUGGCGUCGGCGGAGGCGUUCUUCGCGGAGGACGGGGCGCAGCGGGCGCUGGCGUUCGCGGAGGAGGCGCUGCGCCGGACGCAGGAGUUCCGCGACGUGGUCGAGGAGACGGUCGCGCGCGGCGUCGAGGUCCAGCUCAACGCCUUCUGGGACAUCGCGCCGCCGCUCAAGCGCCUGCUCGACAAGAUCCCCGCCGGCGACCUCGACGGCUUCUCCGUCCAGAUCCCCGCCGCCGAGUACGCCGAGAACCCGGCCUACCACGACCACCCGCUGCAGUACCUCUUCAGCCUGCUGCUGCACGCCGAGAAGAGCACCUACCAGUUCAUCGAGAGCCAGACGAACCUGCUCUGCCUGCUGCACGAGGUGCGCGAGGCCUGCGUCUCGGCCCGCGCCCGGGUCAUGGAGGCCGACGGGCGCGACCCGGCCCGCAUCGAGGAGAUGAAGGCCGAGGAGGGCCGCCGGCUGACCGACGACCUCAAGGAGAAGGUCCGCGUCGUGCAGGACCAGUGGAACAGCGCGCUGGGCGAGACGGUCGGCAGCGUCAAGGAGCGCGUCGGCGGCUGGCUGCUGGAGACGGGCGGGUGGGACGAGAGCUUUGAGGAGGGCGGCGUGGGUGGCGUGUAGCAGUGGGCAAUUAAUCCGUGGCCGCUUUCUGAGGGGGUUCUCUUGAGUGGCUUUCUUCUUUCUCUGAGAGGAGAGGAGCAGGAAGGAAAGUCGCUGAUUUUAGGGCCUCGAGUGGCGUGAGGCGCGCUGCUUGGUGUUGGCUGAUGGGGACAGUUUAGUUUAUGUUGUUGAUACCCCUAUUGUCCUUUAUUCUUUUUUCUUUCUGCUUUUCUU